UGAUGGGACUGGGAGAGUAACGAAAAGGGCAAGAGAGAGAUAGCCGCUCGCAAGAGCUGAAGCUAGCGGUGGUAUUGGAAAGCGCUGCCAAUUUUAAAAGCAGAGGCUAUUUCCCUCUAGUUUUUGUCUGAACGGGCAAAAUGGAAACUUCAAACUUUGCUGGGUUGAAAUAGGACCUAAAAAUAGUAUGUUUGAGAAGAUGACGGGCAAAAGUGCACCAAUCACACCAAAGCUUGGAGAAUCGACGUCGUGAAAAAAUAUUUGCAAUCCUCAUGAAAGAUUGCUUUUUCUGGAUGCAAUAUUCAACGUCCUGAAAAAAACCAACUCAAAUUUUCUCUUCGAGUUACAUUGCAUUGCAUUGAAUUAGCCUGAUGGGCCGUUGCACUUUCUCGUCGGACAAUAUCGUAAUAACUCCUCCGAAUGAUAUACGAUCAUACAGACUAAUUGAGCUCGAGAAUGGCCUCACUGCAUUGCUCGUUCACGAUCCUGAGAUCUACCCAGAAGGGCCACCUGAACAAGCUGAAGAAGAAUUAAAGGAGGAAGAUGAGGGCGGCGAGGAUGGAGAGGCAGAGGAACACAGGGAAGGAGAGGUUGAAGAGAACGGUGUAGGAGAUGAAGAUGAUGAACAACCGGAAGGUGGAGACGGUGAACUGAGAAGGAAGAGAAAGGGAAAGGGAGGUGCUUCCCAGACCAAGAGAAAGGGAAAAGGAGAUGCUUCCCAAACCAAGAAGGCAGCAGCAGCAAUGUCCAUAGGAAUAGGCAGCUUCUCUGACCCAAUUGAGGCACAGGGACUUGCGCAUUUUCUUGAACACAUGCUUUUCAUGGGGAGUACAGAGUUUCCAGAUGAAAAUGAGUAUGAUAGUUACUUGUCCAAGCAUGGAGGGUCAUCAAAUGCAUACACAGAAGUAGAGCAUACCUGCUACCAUUUUGAAGUGAAACGAGAGUUUCUUAAGGGUGCUUUGAGAAGAUUUUCUCAGUUCUUUGUUUCCCCCCUAGUGAAAAUUGAAGCCAUGGAGCGAGAGGUACAGGCUGUAGAUUCAGAAUUUAACCAGGUUUUGCAGAAUGAGUCUUGCCGCCUUGAACAAUUUCACUGCCAUACAGCCACACCUGGUCACCCAUUUAAUAAGUUCUUUUGGGGUAAAACUUGAAUCCAUUGUUGUAUUUUUUCCCUUCUCCCUCUCUCUCUCUCUCUCUCUCUCUCUCUCUCUCUC